AUUUUGCGAUAAGAAAACUUCUAAAUUUUCAGUGCUUUUUUCAACAUUUAAAAAUUUAAAUUCGUUAUUAUGUCAGAAAUUCAGCAAUUUUACAACGGCGAAAAUAUUUUUGUCACAGUUUUGAGUAGCACUUGAAAAUUGAAAAAAAAAAGUGAACCAUUCUUCAAUACCAGGAGGCACAGGAUUUAUGGGGAAAAUACUGGUGGAAAAAUUAUUGCGUAGUUGUCCUGGCAUAGGAACUAUCUACAUUCUCGUAAGGACAAAACGAGGAGUGCGGCCAGAAGAUAGGAUCAAGGAAUACCUCGAUUCACCGAUUUUUGGUUUACUGAAGAAUGCGAAACCAAAUUACCAAGAAAAAGUCGUUGCUAUAAGUGGUGAUGCAACAAAAGCUGGUUUGGGGAUGAGUGCUGCUGAACGAGCACUUAUCACAAAAAAGGUAUCCAUUAUUUUCCACGCCGCCGCUACAGUAAGAUUCGAUGAAACUUUGGCAAUCGCUGUUUCAAUCAAUGUCAACAGUGUUAGAGAAAUUAUAAACAUAUCUAGGGAAUGCGAUAGAUUUAAGGCUGGUGUUUACGUUUCUACUGCCUACAGUUUCUGUCCAUUUGACACUAUUAAAGAAAAAUUGUAUCCUGCACCUAUGACCUACGAUGAAAGCAAUGCUAUUGUUCGUAUUAUCGAAAAACAAGAUUGGUCACAGAAACGAAUAGCGACAUUCACAGAAAGUGUCAUUGGAAAAUGGCCAAAUACUUACUCAUUCACAAAAGCGAUAGCAGAAGGAGUUAUUGCUGACGAGGCUAAAGACUUGCCAUUCUGUAUUUACAGGCCAUCCAUUGCAUUAGCGUCUUACAAAGAGCCUUUACCUGGCUACACGGACAAUUUACUUGGCGUCAAUGGUGUUGUAUUGGGAAUGGGAUUAGGAGUGUUUCACGUGAUGUGUCUGGAUGGAAAUGCUGUAGCAGAUGUAAUACCUGUAGAUAUGGCCUGCAAUGCCUUAAUAGCAUGUGCCUGGGCGACUGGUAUAAAAAAAGUCAGAGAUGAUGAAGUACCCGUGUACAAUUAUGUUUCUGGAACGGAAAAUCCAAUUACUUGGAACAGAUUUCGACAAAUUUUGUGCGAUUAUGCCGACAAAAACCCUUCCAAUUAUACUGUAUAUUAUUAUACCUCUACUUUUGUAAAAUCAUACCCUAUAUUCAUUUUAUUCGAUUUCUUUGUUCACUACCUUCCAGCUGUAUUGGUUGAUCUUGUUCUCAAGUUAAUGGGAAGAAAACCUAUGCUUAAAAAACUACAUAAAAAGGGACAUAAAGUUAUGAGAGCAUUACUGUUUUUUACUCAAGGGAGUUGGACAUUCGAAAACUUUAAAACACAAUCUUUGUGGAAUAGUUUGAGUGAAUCAGACAAAAACAUUUUUGGAUUUAAUAUGAAAUCAUGCAGCUGGACUGAUAUACUUAAAACACAUGGAGAUGGGAUGAGAAAAAACAUUUUAAAAGAAGAAAGAACUCCUGAAAAUACAAAAAAAGCUUUAAGAAAAAUGAAAGUACUGUACGUAAUACAUCAAGCAGUCAGGAUAUCCUUUGUGUACUUCGUUCUCUGGUCCCUUUGGAAAAUAUUCUCUUUCUUAUGGAAUUGAUGACGAUGUUCACCAAAUUUAGAAGAAUUGCCUCAUUAGAAAAAGUUACAAUCUGUAGCCAUCUGAGUCUUAUAAAUUAAGUAGAAUUAAAAUAAGCAUUUUUUGUUUUUAGAUUUAAAUUCACAAUUUUUAAAUUCUCAAUCAAUUCGAUGAUAAAUUUGACCGUCGUCAAAUAAACGGGCUUUUUAUGUGAAAAGUACUUAAUUAGUGAACCAUUCAUGCGCGGGAAAUUUGGCGCAUACGUUCAAUCGGCUAUAAUUUUGUACAGAAACAAAGAAAAAUAGUGAAAAUCACAUGUCGUUUCUCUAUGCACGUCACAAUUGUGUAAGCUGAAGUGUAAAGAGGCCAAUUCAGAAAUAUUAGCAAACAUUAUCCUCUUUGAACAUCAACUUAACGAACGCAUUCAAAUCAAGUACAGGCACCAAUUUUAAUUUAUGGUGCACGCGCUCUAUAUUGCAGUUAACAAAGCGAGUUAUUUUAAUAAAUAAAUACCAAGUUCAAUGAGUAGUAAAGAUAAACAGUAGUUGGCAAGGAUGAGGAGCGUGAAAGUUUGCCUAUAGGGCAAUAAAAGUUAGAGAAUAAAUAAAACUAAGACUGUUCGAAUUUUAUAGUGACCUAAUCUAUCUUUCGAUGGCGCUAAUUCACUGAAAAAUUGUCGCGACCGUGGCAAAAUUGAGGUGAGCAAGGUACUAAAUCCAUGGCAAAGAAUGCAAAGUAAAGUAAAAUUAUAAAUUGCUUUCAUAAGUCGUACACAUUUCCAACAAGUUUUUUACCAUACAUAAAUUUGUACUAAAUCACAUACGGUAUUUUCAAAAUGCGUAUGACUCAUGAUAGCUUAGUAUGGACAUGAACAACUACAGCUGUAGAAUAUCCUCAAUGUUGGUAAGGUAGUUUUCAUGGUCUCUAGUAAUAUAUCUGCCUCUUUGCUUCAGAGUUCUAGAAGACAAAAUAAUUUUUUUUGCUAGUUAUUUUCGGGCCAAAUAAGUAAAGACAGGAAUUUCGCUUUAACUGUUUUAUCUUUAAGAAGGUAAUAAAUAAAUUUAUAGACAAAAUGUAAUGUCAUACAUAAUCCUUCAUAUUAUAUUUCUCCUGUAUAUCUGCAUCUUUGGCGCAUUAAAUAAAGCCAGUCAUUAUUAAUUUAAAGUAUUAGUUAUAAGGAAGCAAUAAAUCAUGCUUGUUUUUCUCAUAACUAUAUGACACAGUAGAAAAUGCAACGAAAAAGUGAAAUAUAGCCUUGAAAAUGUUUGCGUGAAAUUCUGAAUUAAGAUAAGAAAUAACCUUCAACCUGUUCACGCAAAUUCAUCUCUCACAAUUGUGUAAUAUUAUUAUGCGUCUCUAUCGAAAAUGUUCUGAAAGCUUAGCAGGGUCACGAACCGCUGCAGUUGCAGAACGAUAUCUAAGUCGGUAAGUGUAGCGUGCGCAAAUAAUAAUUCGAUAUCUGAGUCAUUUGUCAUUAUAAGAAAUUAAGCGAUACGGUGUUCUAUGUGUAGAAUAUAGGUCAUAAUAUGAAUAGUAACUAAAAGAAACAACCGGUGACCGAUUAGAGCGAAUCUUGUUACGAAUUUUAAAACAAGCGCGGAGAUAAUGUAUAAUCGAGCUGUGCGGCAAAGCCGACGAUGACUAAAAAUAAAUACCGCCGUAGCAGCGAAGAUGUUGUGAUAUUCUGCGAACACUUGUAGGGCUGCGAAACUUCUCGAAUGAAGUCGGCAAGGUUCGAGAAAAACCUCUUGACACCUGUAUUUGUGAAGAAAAAUAAUUUAUUUUAUAACCUUUUUUGCGAUUAAAAGUAUAAAGCGGUGCCAGAGUGUCGUGAGCGCGAUAUUAAAAAAUCGCGCUCCGAACCAACACC